AUGCAUGUUACGGUCAUCCCAUUAAGACGAAAAGAUGAGGAUAAAGAAAACAUUUUCAAACUUACAGCACAAUCUGACUGUUAUGUGCUGAAAACUUUACGUAAUCAGUCGGUGAUUGCUCAGAACGAAGAAAAUGGCUUGUAUUAUCUUGGUGUUGUCAAGAGUUGCUGUACUAAAAACCAUGUUACUGUACAAUUUACAGCAACUGGUACAGAGCAUGUUAUACCAUCAUGUUUUAUCAUUCCCAUCAGUGGUGCUAUAGCUGUUCCAACUCUUAAGGUGAGAGACUGUGUUUUGGAGCGAGUGUUCAGCUAUGGAUUAGAGACUGACUGUUAUGUUCCAGGCAUCGUUAAAUACACUUCCUACCCCACAGAACACCCAACUGUGUACACUGUUAUUUUGUACAACAAACAAAAGAUAAGAACAACAAGAAGAAAUCUGGUCAAGAUAAGUCCGAUAACAUACGACCUCACUGUGAAACACAUUCGGCUACAUCAGAGUGGCAGUGAUGUUAGAUACAGGUAUCUGAAUUCCAAAGCUCUAAGUGAAGAGGUGGAACAGGAAAAUACAGAACAUGAAGACCCUAAAGAAAAACAGCCCGCCAUAAACAAGUUGGCAAAGAAACAUGGAAAACCAAAACGAGCUGCAAAGAGAAUUAAACAAAAAAGAGGUCGUAGAAAACGAGUGGCGACACAAAAGUGAAGAAGAAGAACAUACCACUGGAUAAGAGUAAAUACGUGUACUUCUGGCUUGGAGAAUCCUAUUAUAAUUUACCUGUGGCCUACUACAUAAAAAAGAAUGGAUAGAUAAGAUAUGCGACAGUGGUUACCUUUUUGAAGAAAAAAAAGGCAUAUUCUCAACAUACAUGUACCUCUAUCUGAAUUAGAGAACUUAAUUCUAUGAUAACAAUCAAGACCUGACAUACAUGUACAUACCCUAGUGCCUGUUCCAAACCAGAUGAAAACACUUCCUAUUUGACUUGUGAUUAAUCGACACUGAUUAAACAAUGUGCUAUUGAAUAUGCCUUCCUCUGAUUUUCACUGAUUAAACAAUGUGCUAUUGAAUAUGCCUUCCUCUGAUUUUCACUGAUUAAACAAUGUGCUAUUGAA